UGUAUGAGCCCGGAAAUCCAGCGGAAAUCACCGUGUGGUUCUGGGAUGUCGGACAAGCAUUCAAAUUCUGCUGAGACCCUGCGUCUUCCCCAGCUUCUCUUUUGCGAACCUCCCGCCCGGCAGCAUCCCACUGCAAACCACUGGUCGCAGCACACACAGCACACACAGCACAUACACUCAGUGCAGUCCAGUCAACUCCGUCGCUCCCAGCACCCUUACUCCCACUCCCACCCUCUCGCCUCAUUUCACCCCACCCUUCUAUUCAAAAAUGAAACCCUACCAAAAAUCCUUCCUCGCCUUCGCAAUCCACCACAAAGUCCUCACCUUCGGCUCCUUCACCCUCAAAUCCGGCCGCACAUCCCCCUACUUCUUCAACGCCGGCCUCUUCAACACCGGCGCUGCCCUCGCCCAAAUCGGCGAAUUCUACGCAGCCGCCCUCGCCGACAACGCCUCCCUGCUGAACUACACCAUCCUGUUCGGCCCGGCGUACAAGGGGAUCCCGCUAGUGGCCGCCGCGGCGAUCGCGAUGUACAAGGGCCAGGGCACGGAUGUGCCGUAUGCGUUUAAUCGGAAGGAGAAGAAGGAUCACGGCGAAGGGGGGGUCAUCGUCGGGUCGCCGCUGAAAAACGCACGGGUGGUCAUCAUCGACGACGUGAUCACGGCCGGGACUGCGAUCCGGGAAUCCUUCGCUAUCCUGCAGUCCGAGCAGGCGGUGUUGAGCGGGGUGUUGAUUGCGUUGGAUCGGAGGGAGAAGGGGAAUGGGACCGAGUUGAGUGCCAUUCAGCAGGUUGAGAGGGAGUAUGGGGUUCCGGUGGUGGCGAUUGUGACGCUGGAUCAUGUGGUGGAGUAUUUGGAGGAGGUGGGGGGGUAUGAGGCGCAUGUGGAGAGUAUUAAGAGGUAUAGGCAGCAGUGGGGGAUUUCUGCUUGAUUUCGGGUGGGAGGGAAAGCAGAGGGAUGUCUAUGGGUCUGCUCGGGCGGCACGAGGGACGAUGGACCUUUUGCUGUGCGAAAGCGAUGUAUUUAUUGGGAUUGGCAAAACACUGGAUCAUACUCAAGCCGUCGAUGUUUGCAAGUUGGUUGCGAGAUUAACAGUAAUAUUUGUGCUUGAUGGUAUGCAAUACAAAAAGAGGGA